GAUUUCAGUCUAGCGUUGACCGUGCUAUGAUUAACAUCAAUUGAACCUAGUGGCCGUUGUGUGAUACGAAAUGAUACGUACCAAAAAUAAUGUUGCCGCGGUGGCACUCCUAUGCCUGGUAGUUGUGAUAGGGGACAAUCGUGUAGAGGUGGAAUCGGCUAAAAUUCUUGGCAUCUUCCCCACCGCCUCCAAAUCGCACUGGAUUCUUGGUUCUUCGCUCUUGAAAGAGUUGGCUCAAGAUGGACACGAGGUAACAAUGAUAAGCCCGUUUCCGUUGAAAAAUGCUCCCAAGACGUAUCGGGAUGUUAACAUUGCAUACAACACGAAUCUGUUUGAUGAUAUAAUGGAUGAAGUGUUCGAGAAAGUCGAUGACAGCAUUGUGGAGAAAAUGAUGGAGCUAGGGACUUUUGUGAAUGAAAUCACCAACACUACGCUCUCAUCACCGGAAGUUCAAGCACUGAUACAUUCCGACGAGACUUUUGAUCUACUGAUCCUAGAAAUAUUCUUAGAUGACGCAUUGCUUGGCUUUGCCGAUCGGUUCAACUGUCCAGUUGUCGGCAUGUCAACCUUUGGUGCUUCCUCGUGGGUGAAUUCGCUCACCGGUUCUCCGCAGCCCUUAUCGUACGUACCGCAUCCAAUGUCAAGUUUUACUGAUAAGAUGAACUUCUGGCAACGGCUCGGUAACGUACUGUUUACUGCGUUUGAUGAAACCCUACUCACUGCCAUGUGCAAUCCAAUACAGCAGAGGCAUUACAACCACUACUUUCCUAACGCCACUCGCUCACUGGAUGAGAUGCGCCGCCACGGUGUCUCGCUCGUGUUAAUCAACAGCCAUUUCAGCUUGAGCUUCCCCCGACCAUAUCUGCCAAACCUGAUCGAGGUCGGUGGUUUCCAUGUCAACCGUAAAGUGAACCCUCUUCCUGAGGACAUCAAAUCCUUUAUCGAGCAAUCGGAGCACGGCGUUAUCUACUUUUCGAUGGGAUCCAACCUUAAACCAUCCAAAAUGGACAAGCAAAAGCGAAACGACGUCAUUAAGGUGCUCUCAAAUCUUAAGCAAAACAUCAUCUGGAAAUGGGACGACGAUACACUUGUCGUCGAUAAGAAGAAAUUCUUGAUCGGAAAAUGGUUCCCUCAGGACGAUAUCCUGGCACACCCGAACGUCAAGCUGUUCAUUACACACGGUGGUCUGCUGAGUUGCACUGAAUCGAUCUAUCACGGUGUGCCGAUCGUGGGCAUUCCGAUUUUCGGCGAUCAACUGCUGAACAUGGCACGAGCGGAACAAUCAGGCUGGGGAAUCGGAGUUACCUAUACCGAGCUCAACGAACAAACGUUCAGCAAAGCGAUCACCACCGUUCUCGGUGACCCAAGCUAUGCUGCAAACGUGAAGACGAUCUCCCGUCGAAUGAGAGAUCAACCCCUGGCGCCAAUGGAUACGGCUAAAUUUUGGGUUGAGUACGUCAUCAGGCACGAUGGCGCAAAGCAUCUUAUAUCUUCCGCACAAGAUCUUAACUUUGUUCAGUACAACAAUUUGGACGUCUACUUGUUUAUUGUGGCAGUGUUUCUAACGAUCGUGUUCGUUGUUAGAUUGAGUUUUAGAAAGCUCUACAGAGCUCUUUGUAAAAGAAUUCGGAACACUCCAACUGUCAAAAAGACGAAUAUGCUAGGCGACAAAAAUAAUAUUGCCUGGGUGGCACUCCUAUGCCUGGUGUUCGUGAUAGGACACAACAGUGUGGUGGUGGAAUCAGCUAAAAUUCUUGGCAUCUUUCCUACUAGUUCCAAAUCGCACUGGAUUCUUGGUUCGGCACUCAUGAAAGAGUUGGCGCAAGAUGGGCACGAGGUGACAAUGAUGAGCCCGUUUCCGCUUAAAAAUGCUCCCAAGACGUACCGCGAUGUAAGGAUUGAUUACAAAACAGGAUUGUUUGAAGCUGCAAUGGACAAAGUCUUUGAUAACAUCGAUAACAGCAUUGUGCAGAAAAUGACCAAGCUUGGAAAUUUCGCAAAUGCAAUCACCAACACUACGCUCUCAUCACCGGAAGUUCAAGCCUUGCUGCAAUCGGACGAAACGUUCGAUCUUGUAAUCCUAGAAAUAUUCCUAGACGAUGCAUUGCUUGGCUUUGCCGAUCGGUUCAACUGUCCAGUUGUCGGCAUGUCACCGUUCGGUGCAUCUCCGUGGGUAAAUUCGCUCACCGGUUCCCCGCAGCCCUUAUCAUACGUGCCGCAUCCGAUGUUAAGCUUUACUGAUAAGAUGAACUUUUGGCAACGGCUCGGUAACGUACUAUUUUCUGCGUUUGAUGGAACCAUAAUCAGCGCCAUGAGCAAUCCGAUACAUCAGAAGCAUUAUGACCACUACUUUCCCAACGCCACUCGCUCACUGGAUGAGAUGCGCCGCCACGGUGUCUCGCUCGUGUUAAUCAACAGCCAUUUCAGCUUGAGCUUCCCCCGACCAUAUCUGCCAAACCUGAUCGAGGUCGGUGGCUUCCAUGUCAACCGUAAAGUGAACCCUCUUCCUGAGGACAUCAAAUCCUUUAUCGAGCAAUCGGAGCACGGUGUUAUCUACUUUUCGAUGGGAUCCAACCUUAAACCAUCCAAAAUGGACAAGCAAAAGCGAAACGACGUCAUUAAGGUGCUCUCAAGUCUUAAGCAAAACAUCAUCUGGAAAUGGGACGACGAUACACUUGUCGUCGAUAAGAAGAAAUUCUUGAUCGGAAAAUGGUUCCCUCAGGACGAUAUCCUGGCACACCCGAACGUCAAGCUGUUCAUUACACAUGGUGGUCUGCUGAGUUGCACUGAAUCGAUCUAUCACGGUGUGCCGAUCGUGGGCAUUCCGAUUUUCGGCGAUCAACUGCUGAACAUGGCACGAGCGGAACAAUCAGGCUGGGGAAUCGGAGUUACCUAUACCGAGCUCAACGAACAAACGUUCAGCAAAGCGAUCACCACCGUUCUUGGUGACCCAAGCUAUGCUGCAAACUUGAAGACGAUCUCCCGUCGAAUGAGAGAUCAACCCCUGGCCCCAAUAGAUACGGCUAAAUUUUGGGUUGAGUACGUCAUCAGGCACGAUGGCGCAAAGCAUCUCAUAUCUUCCGCGCAACAUCUUAACAUCGUUCAGUACAACAAUUUGGACGUCUACUUGUUUAUUGGAGCAGUAUUUCUGACUAUCUUGUUCGUCAUUAGGUCGGGUUUAAGAAAGUUGUAUAGAUCACUUUGCAAAAGCAAUCGGAACACGCCAACUGUCAAAAAGACUAAUUAAUUUUAGCAAAAUUAUAAUAACUGGCUAGUAAUGCAAAGUAAAAAAAAGUGUGUAAAGUGUAAAGUGGCUAGUAAUGUAGUAAUAAAAAUUAUAAGAACUGCAAAAAUGAA